AUGAAUAACAUAAAGAACAGAAUAGCAAAAGAAAUAAAUAACUUUAAAAGAACUGCAUUACUUAAAGGGAGUCCCGCAUUCAGAAUUAGUGUAUGGUUUUCCGGGUUAACCGUUGGACUUGUGUGGAUUUUAAUUAGUGAGUACAAUCACCCGAAGAACAAUAAUUUGUUUUUCAAAAAAAAAGAAGCAGAAUUGUUCACGUAUGAAGAAAUAAAAAAUUGGAAUAGGCCUUACUAUUCGAAAUCUGAUUAUGAUUCCUUAGUACUAGAUCAUAAUUUAACAGCUGAUGAAAAGAGAAAACUAAUGCUAAAAGAAAUAAAUGAAAUGGAACAGAAUAAGAUGAAAAAGCAAAAAUAG